AUGGAUGAUUGGAAUCCAAUGUCCCAGGUUACAAAGGAGAAGGAGCAGCUCAUCACUGAUGUGCUUCUCUCGAUGAGGAUCGAGGCCAAGGAGAUCUCCGAACGGAAUCUUUUGUUGGUACCCGCCAUCGUCGAUGUCUCUUCCAAGAUGCUUCUAGAGUUCCCGCCCAACAUCAGGGAUGCAAAGCUGAUGCGGCAGAAAGCGGUGGCCUUGCCUGUCAGCUCCGAUGGGCAGGCUGCUGCCUGGGGUUCGCUCCUUGCAGCUGAGUUUGAGGAGGCUGAUGAGCAGGACAUCGGCCAGCAGGUGAGAGACAUGGGCCUUGCCUUGGUAGUGAGGUCAGAUGGCUCCAUUGUUCGAAGAGGGGUUGGCCGCCCCCAGUGGAAGGUGGUCUUUGAUGAGACAGAUGAUUGA